UGAUAAAUCCAAUUUCAUCUUUGCCUUAAAAAUCACUUUUAAACAAGCAUUCUUUUUCUAAAUCUUAUUUAUUACUUCCCAUGCAUGAUUUAUUAUUUUCAUGUUUUCAUUUUAAUUAAGGUUAUGAUUAGUUUUAUGCGUCAUCCGUGAACUUGAAGCACGUGUUAAUCGCAGUGAACCUGAAAUUUAUUUUACAGAUACGUUGAGGGCGAAAGCACACACUAUAUGAGACUGUGUUAUCUCUUUGUCAGAGAGUAAAUGAAGCGUCGACCCAGUUGCCGUCUGCCUAUUUAAUUGGUUAAAAGAAAACACACAACGCAGACACCAACCAGUUACACUCACUUCAACAGGUAGACAGGUCAGGUGACAGAAGCAGACCUGCCAGGUAAUAUCUCUGACAGAGCAGGAGGAGAGGCAGGUGGAGAGGCAGAGUCACAGCCAUGAAGGUGCUGAAUAAGGAGGAGCUGAAGAAAGCAGAGGAAGCGCUCAGGCAUUACUUUCCCCAGUCACAGCAGGUGUAUGGAUAUGUUUUUAUGAUUAAUCGAGUAGAAGCUGAUCCCAUAGAUGUGCUGGUGGACCAGUGGCCAGAUUUUAAUGUGCUACUCAUCAGACCACAACGGCAGGAGAAAGCUGACCUAUUCAAGGACAUGUGCGUUUUUACUAAGGAUGAAACAACUCUCAGGAGCAUACUGAACAGGACAGACGUUAUUGACUGGAAGCAGUACCUCUGUCUAAGUGUUGAUCUGUGCCACGAGGAGAUGCUAAAGUUUGUAGCAGCGAGCAGAAGCGUGCCAAUGAGAAAAGAUCAUGUCUGCUACAUGAUGAAACUGCAAAAUCCAUCCAACCUUACAACUGAAAGGUUUCCCGUACAAGUGUCCUCACUUAACGAGUCUCACCUUGCUUUGGUCAAUAGCACAUGGAAGUUUGGCAUGGGUGAAUUCAGUGAACGGUUCGUCAGGGACAGGAUCAUGAAUUUCCCUUCGUGUUGUGUGCUGGACUCAGAGGGUCAGCCGGUGUCAUGGAUAUUGACCUGUGCUUCCUGUGCGAUGGGAAUGCUGUACACAAUGCCGGAGCACAGACGGAAAGGCUACGCCAAAGCCCUGGUCACCAUAAUGGCAAAGAAACUGCAUUCAGAGGGCUACCCAGUGUACUGCUUCAUUGAGGAGGAGAACCAGUUGUCCUACAUUCUUUACCAGUUUAGGUUUCACUACGGAUCCGUCUUACAGGGCUGCUUGGAUUAACUUUAAUUAAUCAUGUUAGUUUGUUUUAGAUUUUAUUCAGUUUUAUACAAAUGCUUCCCUCACCAUUCCAUAAACUUUACCUGGUAUAACAACUUGAAUCAUUGAAAGUAGUUUGGGACAAGGAACAUUCCUGUCAUGACUGCACGAUUGAAGGGUGUGUUCAGCAGACAUUCAUUAUCUUAUCCACACGUACCCCAUGACUGGUUGGCUGUCCACUCCUCCUUUAUCAUAUCAUUGUUCUUGCAUUAAGUAAAACAAAUAAAACCAUGAGAAAACAACUUAAUGUUUAUUAUGUUGUUAGUUGUUAAUCUUGUGUGUUCUGUAAACUAAACAGGUGUAUAUGCAUAUUGUAGAAACCCCAUACCAAAUGUCUUUUUCCAGAAGUCGAAUGAUAUCUCAUUUAAACAAGUUAAACACCAAACCCAGUCUUGUAAAUUGUACAUAAAAAGUGAAUUAUUUUGUACCCCUCUCUGGAUUGAUACCUUUUGAUGAGAUCCCAUAUACCCUUUGUCAGCUCUUGGGUUCAGUAGUAAACAGUACAGCCGAAGAACCAUCAUUUCUCCAACCUUUUGUUGUCAUUCCCUGGUGUAAAUAAACAUUUUAUUACUGAACAAUUUUGGUUUAUUAUUAGACUACCACAGAUACUGGAACAACACGGGCUGCAAUGAAAGAAGAGGGGGAAAGAGGAAUAAACAAAGUUGAAUCAUGAGAAAACAACUUAAUGUUUAUUAUGUUGUUAGUUGUUAAUCUUGUGUGUUCUGUAAACUAAACAGGUGUAUAUGCAUAUUGUAGAAACCCCAUACCAAAUGUCUUUUUCCAAAAGUCGAUUGAUCUCAUUUAAACAAAUUUCAACACCAAACUCAGUCUUGUAAAUUAUACAUAAGUGUUAUUGUUUUUUCUAUUGGAUUAUAAAAUUAAAUUGUAUUUUUACUUGA